GUGGGAUGGUAGAGGUAGAAAUCAGCUGAAGUGCAGCUGGCAAGGUUCUGUUGUUUACAAAUAUAAGAUAUUAUUAUGCGUAAAAUCUAAAAUGUAUAAUUUUGUGAAGUAAAUAGUUUUUGUUUCUUAUUUUUGUAAAGCUUUAAUAUAAAUAUAAUAUUUUUUUAUUAUUAAAUGAGGUCGCCUGAAGUUAUGGCUGCAAGAUCAAGAGGUGUGCUCAAUCUACGAUUUAACCAGGACCAAGGUUGUUUUACUUGUUGCAUGGAAACUGGAUUAAGGAUCUAUAAUGUAAAUCCCAUAGAAGAAAGAGCUCAUUAUGACCUGGAUCUGAUGGGCAGCCUGUCACAGUGUGAGAUGUUGUACAGAACAAAUUACUUCGCAGUUGUCUCAGGAGGAAAUCGUCCAAAAUUUGCCAAUAAUACUGUACUUAUAUACAAUGACCAAGAAAAGAAAUUUGUUUAUGAAUUAACAUUUACUUCCCCGGUAAAAGCUGUGAGAUUAAGAAAAGACAAGGUUAUAGUGGCAACAUCCAAUGAAAUAAAUGUCUUCUCAUUUCCAUCACCAAUACAACGUCUUUUUACGUUGGAGACACGCAAGAACGAGCUAGGACUGGUUGAGGUCAGUCCGGUUAUGACAGCCGAGCGACAAAUAUUAGCAUUCCCUGGUCACAAGCAGGGAAGUGUACAGCUCUUGGAUCUAGCAGCUACGGAGGCAGGCAUGUCCAGUGCUCCAGUGACCAUAAAUGCCCACCAGGGGGAACUGGCUUGUCUAGCUCUCAAUCACCAAGGUACGAUGGUGGCCACUGCCUCUGACAAGGGCACACUCAUACGUGUGUGGGACACAACACGCAGGAUACUACUUGUCGAACUGAGGCGUGGCUCCGACCCAGCUACACUAUACUGUAUAAACUUUAGUAGGAACUCUGAGUUCCUGUGUUGCUGUAGUGAUAAAGGAACCAUACACAUAUUUGCCCUUAAAGACACUCAUCUAAACAGGAGAUCCUCGCUCUCCAAGACAGGACUCCUUGGCAGCUACGGAGCGUCCCAGUGGGCUCUCGCAACGUACACGGUACCUCCAGAGUGUGCGUGCAUUUGUGCGUUUGGGUCGCACAAUUCGGUUAUUGGUUAGUUAAUUACGAAUUUC